CCUUGCUUUGUCCUUAGUUCUAUAAAUAUAUCUUUUCCUCGCACAAGACACAGUAAGGGAAAACUUAAAUCCACAAAAAGAGAAACAAACAAAGAAAGAUGGAGGUGAUGAAAAACAAAAAGUAUGGACCUCAUAUUUUGGCACUUCCUUAUCCAAGCCAAGGCCACAUAAACCCUAUGCUUCAAUUCUGCAAACGUUUAGUCUCCAAAGGUCUAAAAACAACUUUAGCCAUUACAAACUUCAUUUCCAAUUCCAUGCGUCCAAUUUCGGGUACCGUCGGUAUCGACGCGGUUUCUGAUGGCUUCGAUGAAGGCGGCUACGCUGAAGCUGAGAGCGUAGCCGCCUACCUCGAAUGCUUUGAGAAAAUCGGCUCAAAAACCCUAGCCGAUCUUAUCAAGAAAUACGAAAAGACUGAGUUUCCUAUAACUUGCAUCGUUUAUGAUGCGUUCAUGCCAUGGGCUUUAGAUGUAGCUAAAGAACAUGGCUUAAUUGGAGCUGCUUUUUUUUCUCAAGCAUGUGCUGUGAACUAUAUAUACUAUUAUGUUCAUCAUGGAAAAUUGAUGUUGCCAAUUUCUUCAACUCCUGUGAAGAUUCCGGGAUUGCCGGAGCUCGAACUUCGAGAUAUGCCUUCGUUCAUUUACGUACAUGGCACAUAUCCAGCCUAUUUUAAGAUGGUAUUGAAUCAGUUUACGAAUGUGGACAAAGCUGAUUAUGUAUUUGUGAACUCAUUCUACAAGUUGGAAGCAGAGGUGGCAGACACAAUGUCAAAAAUCACUGCAUUAUCGACCAUAGGGCCAAUGUUGCCGUCUUUCUAUAUGGACAAUAGAGUUGAAAAUGACAUUGAAUAUGAUCUCAAUCUAUUCCAAGUGGAUGCUUCUACAAUCAACUGGCUAAAUACCAAACCAGAAGGAUCUGUUGUUUAUGCAGCUUUUGGUAGUAUGUCCACAUUUGAUGAGAAACAAAUGGAAGAAAUUUCUUGGGGAUUAAAAGCAACAACUAGCUACUUUUUGUGGGUUGUUAGGACUUGUGAUGAAGAAAAAAUUCCGAAAAAAUUCAUUGAGGAAAUUCCUUCAGAGAAAGGAUUAAUAAUAAAGUGGAGUCCACAAUUACAAGUGUUAUCUAAUAAGGCAAUUGGGUGUUUUUUCUCACAUGGUGGUUGGAAUUCAACAGUUGAAGCAUUGAGUCUCGGAGUGCCAAUGGUGGUAAUGCCACUAUGGACUGAUCAAACAACAAAUGCAAAAUUUGUACAAGAUGUUUGGAGUGUAGGGAUGAGAGUUAAAGUUAAUGACAAAGGGAUUGUUGGAAGAGAAGAAAUUGAGGAAUGUGUAAGGACAGUGUUACAAGGAGAUAAAGGGAAAGAAAUGAAGAAAAAUGCACUCAAAUGGAAGGAUUUAGCUAAGGAAGCUGUUGACGUAGGUGGAACGUCUGAUAAAAAUAUUGAAGAAUUUGUAUCAAAAUGUAUUAGACAAUUUGAUGAUGAGUGAUUUAAUCAUUGCUUUAUAGUUUUUGUUAGCAAACAAGAACGGGAAAAUAUGGGCAUCUGAAUUCUAAUUUCCACCGGUUUGAUUUCAUCUUGUAUACUCUUUAUUUCUGCCAUAUGAAAUAAAUGAUUUAAGUAUGUCUUCUAAA